CCUAACUAUACUGUUAUGUCCCAGUAAACCCGUCAUAAGUUAAAAUACAUCUAAUACUCUUGGCCUACCUUAAACAUGCUCAGAACACUUACAUUAGCUUACAGUUGGGCAAAAUCAUCUAGCACGAAGCCUGUUACAUAAGAGAGAGUUGAAUAUCUCAUGUUACUUAUUGGACACUAUGCUGAGAGUUAAAAACAGACUAUUGUGUGGGUACUCAAAGUAUGGGUUCUCUUGAAUAUGUAUCACUUCCAGACCAUUGAACAGCUGAAAAAUCACAAGUUAAGACCCAUCUGUAUAUGAGAGAGAGAGAGAGAAUAUGAAAAGAAGGAUGGGAAGAUCCCUGCCCUCCAGGAGGAAGGGACAGUGAAAAGAAAGGUGUAGAUGUAGGAAUAAGUUUGGUGUGUUUGAGGAGCAGCAGGAAUGGAGUGUAGGUGGCAAAAGUGGGGUGCACAGGUGAAAGUAGGGCCCAGAUGGAGAGGGAGGUGGGGUCCAGGUAAAGAGGGAAGCAGGGUCUGGGUGGAGAUGAGAGGCAGGGUCGGGGUGGAAAGGGUGCAGGCGCUUCAAGUGGGCUGAUUCACUGGAGAGCUUCCAGCAGGGUUUGGGGUUGCUGAGGUGGCAUCAAGCCCUCACUGUGCCCCAGAUGCCGUGCUCAGUGCUUCAGACCCAGCACCUCAUUUCUUCUUUGCAUCAUCAUACCUGUGAGGUUAAUCUGAGAGCCGUUCCUAUGUCAAAGAGAAAGAAGGCAGAGCUCCACAAGAUAGAGACUCUUCUUAACCUAGCUAUGCCUCAUAUUCCAUUAUGGGAAUGGUAGUGACGUGGGAGUUAUUUAUAUCCUACCACUGCUCAAGGUCAUGUCUGAGGUCUGAUUUUUCACAGAUGUCUGCCUCCGGAGAGCACAUGUUAUCACUCGGCGCACGGAGUUAGUCACUGCUGCAGACGCUGGUGUGCUGGGAGCUUGUCAAAAAGGGAUGUGAAUUUUCAGAACAUUUUUGAAGAACCAUCCAAAGCCAGCAGGUGCCUUAGCAUCUCCCAAUGGGGUGGCCGUGCUCUGGGCUCCUGUUCCCUGUGAGCUACCUGAUCCUGGUGCAGGUGACAGGCUCUGGGUGCAUGGAAGUGCUGCUUCAGCCCGCCUGCUUCUCCGACUACGUCAGCAUCUCCACCUGUGAAUGGAAGAUGGCUAGCCCCAUCAACUGUAGCGCUGAGCUCCACCUGUCAUACAAACUGGACUUUGGAUCGUCUGAAGCCCACACCUGUGUCCCCAAGAACAGUGAAGACACAGGGUGCAUGUGCAACAUGCUCACGGGUGAUGUGGUCGGAGGGGACACCUAUAUGCUGGAUCUGUGGGCCGGGCAGCAGCUGCUCUGGACUGGCUCCUUCAAGCCCAUCGAGCACGUGAAACCCAGAGCCCCAGGAAACCUCACGGUUCACACCAACGUCUCUGACACGCUGCUGCUGACGUGGAGCAACCCAUACCCUCCUGGGACUUUCCUGCACAGCGAACUGGCCUACAUGGUCAACGUUUCAAGGGAACACAACUCCUCCGAUUUCAGAAUCUAUAAUGUGACCUACAUGGAAACUGUCCUCCGCAUCACAGCUAGCACCCUAAAACAUGGGGUUUCCUACACAGCGCGGGUAAGGGCCUGGGCUGAGAGCUAUAACAGCAACUGGAGUGAGUGGAGCCCCGGCAUCAGGUGGCUUAACUCCUACAAGGAGCCCUUUGAGAAGCGCCUCCCACUUGGUGUCAGCAUCUCUUGUGUCGUCAUCCUGGCCAUCAGCCUGUCGUGCUACUUCAGCAUUAUCAAGAUUAAGAAAGAAUGGUGGGACCAGAUUCCCAACCCAGCACACAGCACUCUUAAGGCUAUUGUCAUCCAGGACUCUCAGGUGUUGCUGUGGGAGAGGCAGUCCCGUGGCCAGGAACCAGCCAAGUGCCCACACUGGAAGACUUGUCUUACCAAGCUCCUGCCGUGUUUGCUAGAACAUGGCAUGAAAAAGAAGGAGGAUUUCCCCAAGGCUGCCAGAAAUGGGCCUUCCCAGGGCCCUGAAAAAUCAGCCUGGCUCCCGGUGGAGUACAGCAAGACAGUCUUCUGGCCAGAGAGCAUCUGUGUGGUGGGGUGUGUGGAAUUGUUUGAGGCCUCAGUGGAGAAUGAAGAGGAGGAAGUGGAGGAAGACAGAGGGAGCUUCUGCACAUCUCCAGAGAGCAGUGGGGACAGCUUCCAGGAUGGCAGGCUGGGCAUCAUGGCCCGGAUGACAGAGGACCUGCUCCUAGACCUGCUCGGGGGUGAGCAAGGGAGCUUCAGCCAGCAGGGCUUGGAGGAGUCAUGCCUUCCUCCACCUUUGGGAAACGUGAAUGCGGAGUUCCCCAGUGCAGAGAUCAAGGAGACAUCUUCCCAGGGCAAGGGGCAGCCUUUCAGCCUGGAGCCAAACCCUCCGGCCAGCCUGGCCCAGGGCCCAGGCUGCCUGGCCGCCACAGAGAUGCCUGUUGUCAUUGCAGACAACCCUGCUUACCGCAGCUUUAGCCGCUCCCUGAGCCAAUCCCUAAGUCCUAGAGAGCUUGAUGCAGACCCACAACUGGCUGAGUGCCUGGAGGAAGGGGACCCCAGGAUUCCCUGUACCCCUCAGCCUUCAGAGCAGCCCCCACAGCUCCCGCCUGAGCUAGAUUCCUGGGAGCAGAUACUUCGCCAGAGUGUCCUUCAGCAUGGGGCGACCACAGCACCCACCUCAGCCCUCAGCAGUGGCUAUCGGGAGUUCAUACAGGUGGCGAAGCAGGGCAGCUCCCAGGACAGCCAGGUGGUGGUCUUGGGCCCCUCAGGAGAGGCUGGGUACAAGGCCUUCUCAAGUCUGCUCACCAGCAGUGCUAUGUCCCCAGAGACAUCUGGACCUGGGGCCAGCAGUGGGCAGGGGGGCUACAAGCCCUUCCAGAACCUCCUUCCUGGCUGUUCUGGGGACCCUGCCCCAACCCCCAUCCCCUUGUUCACCUUUGGACUGGACAUGGAGGCACCUGACAGCCCACAGAGCUCACUGCUCCCCAGCAGCUCCCCAGAGCACCUUGGUCUGGAGCCAGGGCCAAAGGGGGAGGACAGGCAGAAACCCCUGCUCCCCCUGGUGCAGGCCACAGACCCCAUCAGUGAUGACCUGGGCAGUGGCAUUGUCUACUCAGCCCUCACCUGCCACCUGUGUGGCCACUUGAAGCAGUGUCACAGCCAGGAGGAGAGCAGCCAGGCCCCUGUGGUGGCCAGCCCCUGCUGCGGCUGCUGUUGUGGAGACCGGUCCUCACCCCCUCAGAGUCCCCAGAAGGCUCCAGACCUCUCUCCAGGUGGGGUUCCCCUGGAGGCCAGCCUCUCUCUGGCCUCCCUGGCACCCUUGGGCAUCUCAGAGGAGAAUAAGUUCUCACUGUCCUUCCAGCCUCCCCCCAGCAAUGCUCAAGGCUCAAGCCAGACCCCCAAGAUUAUGAACCUGGUCUCCACAGAACCCACCUGCAUGAGGGUUUCCUAGGUGUGUGCCCUCUCAUUGCUGGGGUGUACAGGUGAGGACCGGGGCUUCUCCAGGCCUGGGAAAUGCCUUCUGGAAAGCAGCCAGGCUCCCAGGUUUCCAAAAGACUUGAAGAACCUCGGUAUGAAGGUGUGGCAGCCUAACACUGAGGCGAUAAGGAUGGGACCCUGCCCCCGAACAUUGACCUGGCCCUGCCACAUCUUAUGGGAGUAGAGGUUACUGGGCAACUGUGCCCCGUGGCAGGCACCUACAGGGAUCAGGAGGUCCCUGGGCAGCUCAACUUAUGAAUGAGUUGUUGGAGACUCCGUCCACAGUGUCUGCAGCAGACUGUCCCUGUCACAUCUGCCCAAGGCAUGUUUUGUCCACCAAAUCACCAUCCACGUCUCUUACCAGCCUCCAUCUCACUGAACUGCAAGCUGACCCUAGAGACCACCUAGGGAAUGACGUGGACGUCCUUGGGAAGUUGAUGGGGAAAUUAAAAUCCAGGGAUGAUGGCCAUGUGCCCAGAGGUGUCUGUACGUUCAACUCAGCCUUGGGUUGGUGCUGGAGGCAGAAUCUGGGCUGUCCAGGGGUGUUGAGUCAAGUGGGGGCAACAGAGAACAUGAAACAUUUCAAUGAUCAAAACAGCAGCAAUUUACCACUGUAAAGUUGGGGGCUUCUGUUGAGCUUGGGAUGCCCAGCUACCUUGUGGCCUGUCUCAGUGGACAGCGUCAUGGGCAGCCACAGAGAAACCAUAAGGGAAUGGUUCAUGUCCUGUGGGACAGCCAGAGCCAGGUAAUCCAGAAGGCAGCUGUCGGGUACCAUUGUCUCUGCAUGUUGGCCAGUAGGGUAAUGGAAACGUGGAGACCUUGGGUUGGACAAUACAGUUUGUGUCCUAAAGAUUGUUUUAAUACCGGUAUCUCUGUUUGCUGAGGAGGGUGGAACAGAGGGAGUAGAGUUUUGUAUAAAGGUUCUUUAUUUCCACAAUUUUUGUUUAUUAAACAAACAUAU